UGGGACGGACACACGUGACCGGCUCCGUGUCCAAUAUGGCGGCCCCCAUUGGUCGCAGACUUCUCCGCAUUCUCGCGUUGCUGGGGCUCGUCUGGGAGGUUUUGGGCAAAGUCGGCGUGGGGCCCUCCCGCGACGACGACAUACUGCUGCCCUAUGCUCACCGGCACGCGCGUUCCGCCGGGGACGGCGCCCGGGUGCACGCUGCCCUCCGCGAGCACGAGAGCUGGCCGGCGACCCCCGGCGCCCGCGGCCCGACCGUGCACACCUUCGUGUCAUACUUCGGGGACCGCGUGGCGACCGGCCACCUGACGCGGGCAGGCCACCCCCUGCGCACCUUCUCGGUGCUGGAGCCCGGCGGGCCCGGCGGCUGCGCGGCCCGGCGCCGCGUCACGGUGGAGGACACGGCGCGAGUGGUUGGCUGCAGCGUCGCGCAGAACGGCGGCUUCUUCCGCAUGACGACCGGAGAGUGUCUGGGGGACGUGGUGAGCCACGGCCGGCGGGUCAGCAGCGCCGGGGGGCUGCGCAACGCGGGCUUCGGGGUCCGCCGCGACGGGACCUUGGUCACCGGGUACCUGUCGGAAGAGGAGGUGCUGGACACUGAGAAUCCCUUUGUGCAUUUGCUGAGUGGGGUGGUGUGGCUGAUUCGCAAUGGAAGUGUCUACAUCAACGAGAGCCUGGCCAUGGAGAGCGAUGAGACUCAGGAGACCGGCUCCUUCACCAAGUUUGUGAACGUGCUGUCGGCCAGGACGGCUCUGGGCCACGACCGAGAGGGGCAGUUGGUGCUCUUCCAAGUGGACGGGCAGACGGAGCAUCGGGGCCUCAACCUGUGGGAGAUGGCGGAUUUCCUGCUGAAGCAGGGCGUGAUCAACGCCAUCAACCUGGAUGGAGGGGGCUCUGCCACCUUCGUGCUCAACGGCUCCCUGGCCAGCUACCCGUCAGACCACUGCCAAGACAGCAUGUGGCGCUGUCCCCGCCAAGUGUCCACCGUGGUGUGUGUGCACGAGCCCCGCUGCCAGCCCCCUGACUGCAACAGCCACGGGACCUGUGAAGGGGGGCUCUGCCGGUGCACGGGGAGUUUCUGGAGGGGCCCCGCCUGUGACGAGCUAGACUGCGGCCCCUCCAACUGCAGUGGCCAUGGGCUGUGCACCGAGGCCGGCUGUCACUGUGAGGCUGGAUGGACCGGUUCAAACUGCAGCGAAGUAUGCACCAAUCACACCUUCGGGAAGGACUGUGCCCAGAAGUGCCUGUGUCAGAACGGAGCUGCCUGUGACCCCAUCCGGGGUACCUGCUCCUGCCCCCCCGGCUUCACUGGAGACACCUGUGCCCAGGAGUGUCCCCUUGGCUGGCACGGCCCUAGUUGCCGGCAGCCUUGCUCCUGUGAGCACCAGUGUCCCUGUGACCCUCGCACAGGUAACUGCAGCCUCUCAGGGGCACCCGCCCUGAACAGCUUGCUCUCCCAAGUGAAGCAGUGUCUGCGGCCCCCCGAGGGUACCCUGCGGACAGGAGAGCUCUCCCUUCUCCCGGGGCUCAGCUGGCUGGCCCUCACGCUGUCCUUGGUCUUCCUCCUGCUGCUCAGUUUGGUGGCCAACGUGUGCUUGGUCUUGGGCUUGAGAGCUGAGCGCCGGCGACACCUGGAUGGCGACUACGUCUACCACCCACUACAGGAGAUGAACGGGGACCUCCUGGCCGGGGACAAGGAACAGACGGCCAGCGCCCGCAGCCCCUUCAAGGACUGAGGCCCCGCCACCCACACGGCCCAUUCUGACGAUUGGGCCUGGUGUGGUCUGGCCCCAGUAGGGGAAUGUCCUCUGAGAGGCCAUGUGGCGGACAGCCCUGGGCCUCAGCCAAGCUUCUAAUGACACAGUGCCUCUGCCCCUGCCUGGGUCUGGGCCCUCACCUGGCGACCUGCUGUGGCUGUAGCCAGUACCGUUCUGGCAAUACCAAGCCUGCCUGCACCUGCUGCCUGCAAGGCCUGUCCCGGGACCCGCCACACUGCCAAAGGGCCUCCAGCCUCCUGGGAUUGGUACCACGGCAACUGAGAAUGAAGCUUCCCAGGACGGAGUCUGUCCCCCCUCCAGGGGUGUGGUGGUUUAGAGAUGACAGCCAUGUCUGGGACCUUUUCCUGUAGACCUCAUCACUGAGUUUGCCUGCUAGAAUUCUGUUUCCUGGCCUGGGAAGGGCCUAGAAGGGACAGGAUGCAAUCAUGUUUACAAGCUACCCCUCCCUCUCUCUACCCUCCCGCCCUCCCUUUUUCUGUUGCGUGGGCUUGCUGCUCCAGGGCUGGCCUUUUGUGAUAGAAAAGGGAGAGGGCUGGUGAAAUAGCUCACUUGGGUAGUGUGACACAAGUUUGAGUCUGGUCCCCACCGCAGUCAGUGCUGCGGUGCCUGACUGUGUCUGUGUCUCUCUUGCCUCUAUCUGAAAAUAAGAAAAGAAGGAAGAAGAAGAGACAGCACAGCACUGCAGCUUCUGCCAGUGGCACAGUACUCCCGUGUGCGGUCCUAGGAUCCCAGCUGGAACCUGGGUCCUAUUCCUGUCAAAGCAGGUACCCUCCCACAUGAACUGUCUCACCAGUCCCAGUGUUUACAAGCUUUCUGCCUUAUCAAUCUGAAAUUAAUGAGAAUUUUUCUACCAUUUGAAUAAUAAAUUGAUAUAAUAAAAACCCCAUGUUGUUUAAGA